CAAUGAAACAGAUUGGAAAAGUUAAUGAUCACAAAGUUGGACAUUGAACAUUGUAUUUGUUCAUUUAAAAUGCAACAUUUUGUAAACAUUUUUGUAAUAUCAUGAUGUGUCAUAUACAACUGGAUUGUUAAUUAUUACAAUAUAAUUCAAUUCAAACUUGUAAAAUUACAUUUUUUUUCAACAAUUUAAAAAUGACCAAUUAUCGAACGGAACUACGUAUCCCAAUUGAUACAAGUAAAAAAUCAAUGUUCAAUAAUAAUGAUAAUUCAUUUCUAAGUUCAAAUGAUAAUCAUUGGAAUUCACGUAGUCGUCAUACAUCGGCGAAUAGUGAACAAUUAAUAUCACAUAAUGAAAUACCAUGGCAUCGACGUUUUCGUACAAUUUCAGCGGAUCCAUCGAAAUCACUCGAGACAACAAAUUAUAUUUCAUAUGAUGAUAUGAAACGUAGAAUGGAAGAACGUCGUAAACAAUGGGAUGAAGAAUUUAAAUUCUUUCAUCAUGAUGAUGAUGAUGAACCCCUUAUCAUGUCAUCGAAUCGUUUAAAAAGUUCCAAUGAUAAUUUAUUUCAUCGCAGUAGAGAACAACAAAUCAACUCAUCAAUAUCAUCAUUAAAUGAUCAUUCCCCCAUGCUGACAACACCAUCAACCGGUUAUGAACAAUUUCCAGAUGGUAGUGUACAUUUUGUAGCUAAUUUUAAUUUAACUGGUUAUGAUCCGGAAUUAUUAAAAGUAUUUGUACGUGAUGGUAAACUAAUGAUUAUAGCGAAAACUGAACAUAAUCAAUCAGCGCAGCAUGGUUUACAUACUACUACUAAUACUACUAAUAAUAAUAAAACAUCAUCAAAACGUGAAUAUACACAUUCAAUAAAUUUACCGCCAAAUGCAGAUGAUACCAAAAUUUCAGCCGUUUUAUCCUUGAAUGGUAUAUUAACUGUAAGUUGUCCAAUGAAACCGCCAAUCUUUUCAUUAUCAUCUACUAGUUUACAAUCACCGCAUUCGGACAAUUUAUUAUCCUAUUGGAAUAAACAACCAUCACCUACACGACGCACAUCACAACCAUAUUCACAUAAAUUCAAUAAUGUGAAAUCACCAAAAUUCAAUCAACAUUAUUCUUCAACACAUUCAUCACUUUCAGAUUGUUGUGAUAUGACGACACUUCAACAAGAUCAACAUGACUACUGCGGUGAACGACAUUCUUCGUUGAAUCAACUACAACAUCAACAACCGUUACGUCAAACAAAAUCAUCAAGAUUUCAUUUAGAACUCCCGAUUGAUCAUGAAUAUUCACCAGGUGAAAUACAAAUUAAAACAUUGAAUCAUCGCAUUUACAUUAGAGCACGUCAUGAAGAACGUGCACCGAAUCGUACAGCUGUUAGAGAAUUCUCUAAAGAAUAUGAUAUUCCUGAGAAUAUUGAACCGGAGAAUUUAACAGCAAAAUUUAUCAAUGGCAUGUUAUACAUUGAAGAAUCACCAACGAUUUGACAAAAAUCCGAAGAAAAUACAUUUCCUAAUCUGUAUAUAUAUAUAUAUAAUAUACACAUGUGUAUUUUUACAAAUGUACUAGCAGUAGUAGUAAUAGUAGUAGUAUUACCAUGAAUAGUAGUACUAGUAGUAUGAUUCCGUCAGUGAUGAUUACUUCUCAUCAGUCAUCCUCGUACAGUACAGUACAGCACAGAACUGAACUAUAAAAAUUUCAUUUAACACAUUGAUUUCUGUGUGUGUGUUUCUCUCCUACCAUUUCGAGUUCAUUCUAUCUAUAAAUACUGGUUGUUUU